AUGACUGCAUUAAGUGGUUUCAUGGAAUUUUUUCAAAAAGGGAAGGUGAAUGUAAAUUUCUAUUUAUAUUAUAUUCUUUUAAAAUGUAAUAUAAAUUCUAACCUAGUAUUACCGAUCAGUUUUGUAUUAAAAUGCAUUCUAUUUAAAAUACGUAAAAUUAUUUACUGUUCCUUCAAUUAAAUGCCCAUAUCGCUUUAAUUUACUAUAUAAAUAUUUAAAAAAGAUUGUUUAACAUAUUUUAAAUUAUUUAAUGUUCCAGACAUUCAGGCCGAAAAAAAAAUUUGCUCAUGGAACAUUACGAUAUUCUUUGCAUAAACAAGCACAAGCUUCCUUGAAUUCAGGAAUUAAUUUAAGAUCUGUCGUAAAAUUACCCCCUGGAGAAGAUUUGAACGAUUGGAUUGCAGUUCAUGUGGUAGAUUUUUUUAAUAGAAUAAAUCUGAUAUAUGGUACUGUUUCUGAAUAUUGUGAUUCUGCAUCUUGUCCAACAAUGAGUGGUGGAGCUCGCUUCGAAUACUUAUGGGCAGAUGGAGAAAAAUAUAAAAAACCUACUGCACUGCCAGCACCACAAUAUGUUAGUCUUCUUAUGGAUUGGAUUGAAGCACAAAUUAAUAAUGAAACCAUUUUCCCUGUAUCAACAGAUGUACCAUUUCCAAAAACGUUUGUACCACUGUGUAGAAAAAUUUUGACACGUUUGUUUAGAGUUUUUGUUCAUGUUUAUAUACAUCAUUUUGAUCGUAUUGUAGCAAUUGGAGCAGAAGCACAUGUAAAUACAUGUUACAAACAUUUUUACUAUUUUGUAACAGAAUUUGAAUUAAUAAAUACAAAAGAAUUGGAACCACUGGCUGAAAUGACUUCCAAAGUUUGCAAAGAUACUGCAUCACCAACACAAACAACAGCACCAUCAAGUAAUGCUAGAUAGUCGCGAGCUUAAUACAUAAAGUCAUAACCAAAUUAAAAUAAAAUAGACUUGUUUUGAUGUAAGUAAAACAGCUAAUAAUUUUUAACUUUUAUUCUCUUUGAAGAAAUAUUACAAAAUUUUUAUUAUUAAUAUAUUGCAGGAUAUUAUUUUUAUUGCAAUUUCAAAAAUCAAAAAGUUUCACUAAAUGCUUUAAUGUGUAUAGUGCUUAUAUCCUUUUAGUAAAGUAUUAAAAAUACUUGCUAAAUAUAUCUCUUCCUAAUUAGCCAUAUUAAUGUAUAACGAAUUAUAUAAUUAGAUUUUGAAUUCACAUUUUAUGGAUAAAUAGUCACAGCAAUAAUGUUUUCAUACUUAUAUGUUUUAAAUGUUAAAAUUAGUUUAUAUAUUUUUAAAUGUACAGAUUAACAUUCAAAUAA